AUGGCGGGAAUCCGGUCUCUGCUAUGUUACACCGCUAUUCUGUUCACCGCUUCGGCCUAUGCGGCCAUUGGGCCCGUUACUGACCUCACCAUCUCUGACGCCAACAUAGCUCCAGACGGCUUCACUCGUGCCGCCGUUGUGGUCAAUGGUGUCUUCCCUGCGCCCCUCAUUACCGGUCACAAGGGUGAUCAUUUCAAGCUCAAUGUCAUCGACCAGAUGACGAACCAUACCAUGAACAAGACUACAAGUAUUCACUGGCACGGCAUCUUUCAGCAUGGUACAAACUGGGCAGAUGGUCCUGCAUUUGUCACCCAGUGCCCGAUCGCUAGCGGCAACUCGUUCCUGUACGACUUCACGGUCCCUGAUCAAGCUGGCACCUUCUGGUACCAUAGCCAUCUCACUACUCAGUAUUGCGAUGGCUUGAGAGGCCCGCUCGUCAUCUAUGAUCCUCAUGACCCUCUCGCCCACCUCUACGACGUUGACAAUGACUCGACUGUGAUCACCCUCGCGGACUGGUACCAACGAGCCGCGCACCUCGGCCCGCGCUUCCCACCGGGCCCGAACUCGACUCUCAUCAAUGGUCUCGGUCGUAGCCUCAACAACCCGAACAACCAACUCGCAGUGGUCAACGUUACCCAGGGCAAGCGCUACCGAUUCCGCCUAGUGUCGAUGUCAUGCGACCCGAACUACAUGUUCAGUAUUGACGGCCACAACCUGACCGUCAUCGAGGCCGAUGGGAUUGAGACCCAGCCGGUCACCGUCAACACGAUACAGAUCUUUGCCGCCCAGCGUUAUUCAUUCGUUCUUACAGCGAACCAGUCCGUGGACAACUACUGGAUCAGAGCCAAUCCGAACAUCGGUUCAGUCGUCGGCUUCACAGACGGCUUCAACUCCGCCAUCUUGCGCUACGUCGGGGCGCCAGCAGUUGAUCCUACGACGUCCCAGCAGACCACUCAGAACCUCCUACAGGAGACUCAACUCCACCCAUUCGUACCGAGGAAGACGCCGGGCAACCAUACCGCAGGCGGUGUCAACAAGCCAAUCCAGAUGGACUUCAGUUUCAAUGGCACGAAUUUCUUUAUAAACAAUGCCACCUUCAUUCCUCCCACAGUUCCUGUCUUGCUUCAAAUUCUGAGUGGCGCACAGUCCGCACAGAGCCUCCUGCCGUCCGGCAGCAUCUACGAGCUUCCGAUCAACUCGUCUAUCGAGAUUAACUUCCCCGCCGCGGCCAAUGCUGUCGGUAACCCCCAUCCGUUCCACUUGCACGGUCAUGCUUUCGCUGUAGUCCGCAGCGCCGGCUCGUCCGAGUACAACUACGACAAUCCCGUCUGGCGUGACACCGUCUCGACGGGGACCAGUAGUUCCGACAACGUUACGAUACGCUUCCAGACAGACAACCCAGGCCCGUGGUUCCUCCACUGCCACAUCGACUUCCACCUCGACGCCGGAUUCGCCGUCGUCCUGGCCGAGGAUCUUCCCGACAUCGCGUCGGCCAACCCUGUCCCCGCCGACUGGUCCGCUCUUUGUCCCACGUACGAUGCGCUCUCGCUUAGCGACCACUAA